AAGAAGAGGAGUGGAUAAAAAAUAUUUAUUUAGCUAAAAAAGAAAUAGCACCUAGUGCCUCAGUGAUAAGUUACAUAAUACUCCAAAACUCAGAUCCAAAAGCUAGAGCAAAGUAUUUAGAAUUAGCAAAUUUAAUUCUAAAAAUAG